GUUUAUGACGUCAUCCCACUGUCUCUCACAGUUACUAUUAUUAAUCUACGCGUUAAUGUGGAUUCCGCCAGCUGACGCCUGUGUUUCGAUUAGUUACCGGCCGAUGUGAACCGACUGUCCAGCGAUUUCACCAUACAGGGUUAUCGCUGUAUUGUACCCGAGAGGGCCGUCGGCAGUCAUUGGCAACGGGUAAACAACAUGGCGGCUUUCCCCGUCCACUAAACCCCGCUAGAGUGUACACAGAGAAAACACGUCGGAGAGCCACGGGUGACAAGUGAUUACAACAUGGCGGCCGUGCAGUUUCUGAAGUGUGGCUAAUGUGUCAGGUAAAGGAUACCAAAACAGAAGAGAGAGAGAGAGAAGGAAAAUGAAGAAUAAAGAAAGCUCCGUGAAGAAACCUCGUCUAGGGUAUCUGGAUCUGUCGUUUGAGGGGUUCAAACAGGGGAGCUUGGACAACGGCAGGCGGCCUCAUGGGGGAUAUAGAGGCACCAAGAAGCACCCUCCCUCUGCCCUGACACUGGACAACAAGGAGUAUCAGCGCAGACUCGGGGAAGAUUUAGCCAAGCUGAUCAGUGUAUCGCACCCUACCCCAGUGUGGACACUGGAGGUGAACAAAGAGAUAACCCACAGCGGAGAGUCGCCCCUGUUUCUGCACAACUUUUUAUCACCGACCAAGAUCGGGAAGCAGAACGCUCGGAUCCGAUGCAGCAGCCAGCGAAUGAGCUCCCCGGAAAUGAGUGGGGACGCCCUACUGUACUACCGGCCAAACCGGAUGCACCAAUUUCUCACCAUGACCGAGGUCAAAGAUCAAGCUCAGGGCGAGGUCAACCUCAGAUACGGUCGACCGACGAGAACCACAUUGUUACGAGCGAGGCAGAGGUCGAACUCGGCACCAGUCAAUGCAUAUGACCUGAGAAGAGAGAUGGUGAAAAAAAUCGAAGAGAUAAAAAACACCUGCACUUCCUUAAGAUCCAAACUAAUGCACAGUUUUGACGAAUCAGAGGAUGGGGAAUCAGAACACUACUUCCUGACUGGCGCUAGAUACAACAGGGCUCACUUAUUGGAUGCCAAGAUUCUGGAGAGGUACGGGGUGUACAUGCCACGUGACAACCCUAAGGGGUGUUUCGUCACGGGCUCAGGGAGGAUAAAGGACGGGUGGGACCUACCCUCCGCUCCACCAGAUUCGCCUGUGUCCGAUGUGGACGACGUGUCGUUCCCAGUGAGAUCCCAGCGUCCGAAGACAGCCCCGGGGUACGGCCGUCGAGCUCCGACCUUUGAGAGGCCGCGACAGGCGUGGACAGAGAAACCGGAAAGCGACGCGGACGUCAGUGAAGAGGUCGUCCACUUACCCAACGGAAUCCACGUGCAAGGGACCCGGAUGCCCUUGAAAAGAACCUACAGUCCACAACCAAGGUUUGAAGAUUCCACGCUGCCAUCUGUCCACGGCAUCUCGCUAUCCAGGAAACCGAAAGGGCGCGAAAACGCAGAUGAUGACGGUUCAGUAAACCAGCCACCUCCGUCGCUACAGUUCCUGUCUUCUAAAGAGGACAUCUCUAUCUACAAGGGCACGGAACUCGCCGAGACGAAGAAGGAGGAGAGGCCGCCGCGCAAGACCAAACCAAUCCUGGUGGAUCGCUCGGUGAAUGUUCCCUCGGUUACGAGCGAGUCUGGCCGAUGGAAGGAUGAACCAUACAUGAUGGUCAGCGCCAUAGGGCCGCAGGUGAGGAUUAUUCCCCCAACGCCACAGCAGAGCAAGUGCGAGGUGAGGUUCGUGGAUGAUUCAGUGGAGCAGACGACGACAUCCAUUCAAGGAGGCGAGUCUGGCGCUCAGAUUGUCCUCAAUCUGGGAGAGCUGGAUGUAGACAUGAAGUCAGACGGCGGUGAGUCUGUAGAGGGGAAGGUCGAAACGAGGGAGAUAGAAGCUGGUGAAGAAACGAAAAAAACUGGUAAUGGAACAGAAACUGCUGAUAGAACAAAAACUGCUGAUGGAAUGGCGAAUGUUGAUGGAACAGAAACUGCUGGUGGAAUAGCGAAUGUUGAUGGAACAGAAACUGCUGAUGGAAUAGCGAAUGUUGCUGUAGAGCGAAGGACUGGCGAUGAUGUAGAAACUGUUGACGAGAAACAAGAAAGCGCCGAUGCAAUAGUAACUGUUGAUGAAAUGGGAACAGUUGAUGAAAUUAAAACAAUUGAUAAUGAAAUAGAAACUGUUGAUGAAGGACAAGGAACUGGUGAUGAACAACAAAGUGUUGGUGAUGCGAUAGAAAUUGUUGGUGAAAAGCAAACUAGUGUUGAUGAUUUAGAAAAUGUUGAUGAAAGUAAGACCAGUGGAAAGGAAAUACACAUUAUUGAUGAAAAACUAGAAACUGGUGAUGGAAUAAAUGUUAGUGUUGAAAAGCCCGUCAUAGGUAAUGGAAUAGAAACUGUUAACAAUGUACUAGGCAGUACCGAUGAAAUAGAACCUGCUUAUGAAAAUCAACGAAUUAACGGUGAAAUAGAAACUGUUGAUGAAACACAAAAUAUUGAUGUAAGAGAAGAACCAGAAAUUUUUGUUGAAAUAGAACCUAUUGUUGAAAGAGAGGAAACUGUUGAGAGAACAGAAAAUGUUGAGGGGGGAGAAAGAACUGUUGAUGAAAUAGAAACUGUUAAUGAAAUAGAAAUUAUUGAUCUGAGAAAUGCUAAUGAGGAAAGAGAAGAACUUUAUGAGGAGGUAGACACCAUCGGUAGAGGUGAAGGAACUAUUGAUGAAAUACAAACUGGUGAUGAAAGACAAGAAAAUCUUGAUGAAACAGAAGCAGCUGAUGAAAUACAAACUGUUGAGGAAGGGUUCACAGAGAAUGACGUGCAAUUUGGAGAGAACGAAUCCACGGCGGUGAGAAUAGACUCGCCAACAGCUGAUGGUGAAGUUCCUCCCGACACGCUGGAGCACCAGUCUACGCAGGACGAACAGCCGGAAGUGUCUGACGAGAAGCCAGCCAACGGUGAAGUAUUUUUCAUCACGGAGGAAAAUGACGUAGAGGAUGGAGAAGGGAACCAGUUGGAGACAGACACGCAAAGCGCUGCUGUUGAUGGCGAAUCAACACCUGCGUGAAUGCUUGACUAGUGGCGGAGGGGAGCAGUCGUGUUUUCGAAGAGAUAUUUCUGUAGUGAAUACUGUGAUAAACAUUGAAAACACAUUUAACAAUGAAUCAUAACUUGUGUCAGUAUUUGAGUGAUAGGGUGAAGUGGUGGGUUGGUGGGGUGGGUUUUCGUGAAAGAAUACGGAUGCACUUUCUCCUUUUUAACUGGCGUUCCAUUGUGAAUUUCCGAAUAGCAGUGAAUGGUUUGGGAGAAAUGGUGUGGAUUGGGGUGGGGGUCUUAUUUUGAAUACUGUGUUAACCGGUUUUGUUGAAAGUUUGUAUUUUGUUGUGUUGUUUUCUGAAUUGGUGAUAUUCACUUUUGUAUUUUGUCCUUUUAAUCCAUUUCGAAGAUUAUUGUUCUUUCGAGCUAAUUGUAACUGUAACAAAUCUAGAUACAGCCUCAGAUUUAUGAACAGGGUCACGCUAUCGCUGCUGUGAAAGGCUAUAAGAAUCAAUAAUUUGCGGUCAUAUGGCAAAGAAGAUGUACACCCGUGGUGGUGAACAAUGUCGCCUGAGACAAAGGUUGCUGAGUCCCAUGGUCGGCUUUUCCAUUACUUAGGCAAUCAUAAUGUCCUUUCUGUGUUAAUAGUAAUAUUAAACAUUAUUUUCUUUGUGACUCUUUAGUUUAAUAAUGUCUCUGAUGCUCUAGAACUAUUCUCAAAAUAUCGUUUCAGAACAGUUUCUUAGUAUUUAAAAAAAUAAAACAGUGUCACUUGGCAGGAUUCGAACCUACUGCACCAAUUCGCAUGGCAUUUGUCAGCCCGCAACUGUAACCACUUGGCAUAACACAAUCGAAGCCCAAUGAACCCGUAGUUAAGAAAGCGUGGCUGCAGACAUUCUGUUCAAAACUAAUAUAACACUUUGUUUAGUUCAUUCUGGAGCUGUAGAUCAAGUGGAUUUGCUUUAAAGUUACAAAUGUUAAUUUAAAAAGCAUUACGUGUGUAAAUAAAUUAACAUGAUGAUGUUGGACUCACAAUAAAGUCUGACUGAAGGAUAUUAAUGUUAGACAUUACCUGCAAUGUUGUCGAAACCAUGUUUGUACAUUUACAAUCCGUUUGUAGUCACAGGAAAGCGACGAAUUGGCAUAUUUGCCUGCUAAAACGUAUAUGAUACAUAAGUUUUUUUUACCCAUACCCGAGUCUAAUAAUCUUCUCUUUUUUUGUUGCAAAAAACUAUUAUAGAAAGAAAAAAAAACAAGUUAUAGAACAAAAAUCUUAAUCUUCUAAUACAGGGGUGAAGACAAAAUGCUUAGAAAGCCAAGGUAUGCGGUUCCAUUCGGAGUAAUUAAUAAAUGUGGAAUGGCAGGCGCUUCCUUUGGCUGUUCCAUCAGUUGUCUUCAUCCCCUGUUUACAUAUAAACCAAUUUAACCUGUGCAAUUUGAUGGUAAUUUGUAAAGAAAAACGUUUUUGUUUACACAGAUUGGUGGGGGGGGUUAUUGUUUGUGUGUGGGUUUUUUUUUCUUCUACAAAACAAUGUUUUGCGAGGUGGUAUGGGUUUAAAACUUAGUAAAAAAAAAAAUGUAUAUGAAUUUUAGCGUUGUUCAUAAUAGAGUUAAUGCCAAUUCAUCGGUUCCGUAUUGACGCAAACGGACUGUUUAUACUAGAUGUAUACAAAAUAACUGUCAAUUAGGAGACAGGGUAAUGGAUAGCGAUUGGAAACUGGUAGCGAUUGGAAACUGGUGAACAUUCGUUACUUUAUAUACAUAGUGUUUUAUUUAUUUUGUAUAUAAUUAAUGUAUUGCAGAUUAUUUUACAAAAAAGAAAAAACAACAAAACAAACAUAUUUAUAAAUAAUGUGAUGUCAUGUAAAUAUAUAUUUUUUUUCCCCCUUACAGUUUGUGAAAAUAUUAAAAUUUGUGUUGCUUUAAUUGUUUUGCAAAAGUACACUAUAUGUCAACAGAGAUUACAACGCACCUGUCAUCACAUUUACUCAGU